UGAGGGGGCUGCUUCCAUUUCCACGUCAUCAGGUGGGGCUGGUGUAACCCAAACUGGUGAUCGGUCACGGGAGCUGCUUCAAUGUUAGCAGGCGCCGAUGUGUCCUUAUCUUGGGGCUCUUGUCCGGCCUGUGUCGGGCGAGUGUCUUGCAGCAACAGGCAGUGUUGUCCUUGCGCAAUUGGCGGGCCCAACAUGCCUGGUUGGCUUUGCUGGUGCUGAUGUUGCCUCUGGUUCUCUAGUUGCUGUUGCCAGUAUGCCUGCAGUUGUAUCUGUUGUUGCUGGAGAACAGCCUCAUGCUGGUUGCAUAGACGCUGCUGCCACUGGAGUUGGAGGUGGCGCUGUUGCAGCAGCUGUUCUUGUUGUUGUUGUUGGUUAUGUUGUUCCAACUGCACCUGUAGCAGGAGUCGUAGGUGGUCUUGGAUACUCGCCUGAUGCAACUCGUGUUGCUGUUGUUGUUGCUGGGCUUGCCAUUGCACAUGUUGCAGCAUCAGAAUUUGCGCUUGGUCAUGGUGCUCGUGUUGUUGUUGUUGCUGCUGCAAGUGUUGGCUGCACUGCAGUUGGAGGUUGUGCUGUUGCUGUUGUUGGUGGAGUUGCAACAGCUUCUGAUGGUUGUCGUGUUUUUGCUGCUCCUGGAUUUGCUCCAGCACUUGUUUUUGGUCAAGCAUUUGUUUGUGAUGCAGUUGUUGUUGAGCCUCCUGUUGUUGCAGCUCCUGGUGUAAACGUAUGUCUGCUUGCUCCUGGUAAUGGCGAAGGAGUUGGAGCCUUUUUUGCUCCUGCUGCUGUUGCAACUAUAACUGGUCCUGUUGUGUGCGUUGGUGGGCCUGCUCCUCUUGUUGCCGCAGCAGAGUCAUGCGUUGUUCCUCGUGCAAUGCGUGCUUGUGGUGGAGCUCACUUUUUUGGUAAUACAGUGUCGGGUGCUGCCAUGCAAGGGUGCAUGGGCGCAUGCCACCCGUCGCGAUUUUGACGAUUUCCAAGUGUGAUGUGAGUUGUAGUUAGUUUAUGUGCGUUUGAGGUGAAUGUGUAUGCAGUCGGCGUAGUCGAUGUGUACUUGGCUUACAAUAG